CUCUUACAGUUGUCUGGCCACACUGGCCGCAAGGAAAGCAACAAAAAGAAAAACAACAUUUAUGAUUUAGUUUGUUUUCACAAAUAUCUGAAGAAAUGUCUACAUAUUACUUUGUUAUUGUGGGCCAUAACGAUAAUCCCAUUUACGAGAAAGAAUUUAGCACCGUUAACAAAGAGCUAAGGAAGGAAGACCAUCGACAUUUAAGUCAGUUUAUAGCCCAUGCCGCUUUGGAUCUAGUCGAUGAACAUAAAUGGAAAACGGCCAAUAUGCAGCUAAAGUCCAUAGACCGUUUUAAUCAAUGGUUUGUCUCGGCCUUCAUCACUGCCAGCCAGAUACGGUUCAUUAUUGUCCACGACAAUAAAAACGAUGAAGGCAUCAAGAAUUUCUUUAACGAAAUGUAUGAAACGUAUAUUAAGCAUUCGAUGAAUGCAUUCUACAAGAUAAACACGCCCAUCAAGUCAACAAUGUUUGAGAAGAAAUCUGAAAUAUUUGGACGAAAAUAUUUGUUAUCCUAAUUUGAUAAAAAACGAAAACAAAAGAUUAGAUU